CAAACACGUCAUUAAUAAGCUAGGUACAGUUCUUUUUGAUGAGUUGAUGACCUGAGGCUUGAGUGAGAACUGAGAAGUCGUCUCUGUGACUGUGAUUAAUUCGUUAUUACAAGAUACAGUUAGUCAAAAUGGCUGAUAACCCAACUAAGGCCGAUAUUGAAUUAAUUUUUAAAAGAUUACGUGCCAUUGCUACUAAUAAGGUUUGCUUUGACUGUCAUGCCAAGAACCCCACAUGGUCGUCUGUGACAUAUGGCGUCUUUAUAUGCUUAGAUUGCUCUGCUGUUCACCGAAGCUUAGGGGUUCAUCUCACCUUUGUUCGAUCCACUCAGUUGGACACUUCUUGGACCUGGAGUCAGUUGCGACACAUGCAGCUUGGAGGCAAUGCUAAUGCUAGAUCCUUCUUCCGUCAACACAACUGCACAAGCACAGAUGCUCAACAAAAGUACACCUCAAGAGCAGCUCAGCUGUACAAGCAGCAGCUUGAUCAGCAAGUUAUUAAGUACAUGAAGACCCAUCCCAACACUGCUGAGUUGCCAAGCCGUAAGCCCAUGAUAGAAGGCGACCACUCGACGGCCGCGGCGGCAGAUGCCGAGGCUCGCAAGAAGGAGACGGACUUCUUCGAGCAGAACCACGAGGACACGCGGGCCUUUGCUGCCGCCACCUCUCUGGCUGCCACCAUCCCUAAGCCCCUCGAGAGCAGUGAGCCCUUGGGCCCGGGACCGAACGUGUCCGUCCUUACCCAGACCCCGGCCACCCAACCGCAGCCUGUCCGCUCAUCCAUCGGCACCCGCAAGCCUGCCAACAAGUUGGGUGCUAAGAAGAUGGGUGCACAGCGCGUGAAGACGGACUUUUCAGCCAUUGAAGCUGAAGCUGAGAGAAGCAGUCAACUGCAGCAACAGCAGCAGCAACCCGCGCCUGUAUCAGAACAACAGCAAAAGGAAGCUCUGACAAGCCUGCAGUCAGCGUACGAGUCGCUGGGGCUGGCCACGCAGCGCGAGGAAGAUCGCAUCAAGAAACAAGACCCUAGGAAGGCGGAGCAGGCGACACGGCUCGGCAUGGGGCUCGGUGCUCGCACGGACGUGUCCCAUAGCGUGUUCGGGGAGAUGAAGAGCAUUGUACAGGAGCCCGUGGGGGGCGCCAGGCACCCCCGACCCUCGACGCCGCCCCUGCACCAGAACUACGAGGACGACUACGACACCGUCAUCAGGUUCAACUCCGGCAUCCCCAAGUACAAAGACAGCCCCUUUGAAGACCGCAGUUAUGGCGGCCGCCAGACAUCCGGCAUCGAAGACCUGCUGUCCUCUAAACCAGUAAAGAACGAAAAAGAUUCGGCCAGCGAUAAGUGGUUUGACGGGUUUGAGGUGCUGGACAAUGAAACUGCCAAGAACGGACAAUCUGCCAAAAAUGGUUCUGUCAAGAAUGGCCAAUCUGCCAAGAACGGCUCAGCCAAAGUGUCGGUGUCAGCCAACUACAAGUACACGCCGGCUGACGACACAGCAGCACAGCAGAAGUUCGGCAACGCCAAGUCUAUCAGCUCUGAAAUGUUCUUCCAGGACCGGCCUGACGUGAACGCUCCCAUGCACUCGAGCUUGACGAGGUUCCAGGGCAGCAACAGCAUCUCCUCUGCCGACCUCUUCCCUGACCAGCACGUCCAACGCUCUUCUACAAUUAAUGCUCCUGAUCUCGACGACGUGCGGGAGUCUGUGCGUCACGGCGUGACGAAGGUGGCAGGUCGUCUCAGCAACAUGGCCAACAACGUCAUGGCCUCCCUGCAGGACCGAUAUACGUGAGCUGCUGCAGCAGCGGUGGUCUGGGGAGCCAGCGCCGGGGACGAGUGUCCAAAAACGCAGAGGGGGCAAGCGCACUCCAAACCCCGGGGGUUCGUGCCCCCCGAUGCCAAGGGCAGCGCCCCAAAAGCCGAGGCUAACGCGUCCCCUCCCCCAAAUUCCGGAUCUUCCCUCUUGAUGAAUUACGACCCUGAGAUAUGGUCCCCUUAGAGGACGUUUUUAAUCUAGCUUUUGUAUUCAUUUUGUGAGCUUGAAGUUGUCUGCGCUUUUCACUUGAAAUUAAGUAUUCCAACCGCGCUACGUAGAAGUGAGUCAUAUUUUCCCUUUGCCAUUCCCAUAACUUUUUCAUUUGUUAAUAACACACUAUAAUGUUUUACACUCAUUAGGUAUUAAUAUCACACUUAAUUAGCAUAUAAAAAGGGAGAAAAAACACGAACGGAACUUGAUUCCUUAUAGAAGAUAAGCUGAAUGGUUAGAUCAGGAUCAUUCUUUUUACUUGUCCUCAGCAGGUCACUCGUGUUUUUGCUUUAGUUAACGAGCUCAUCAUUGAUUACUUCCGUUUAAUUUUCCAUUGCUAUUCCAUUGUGGUACGAUAGCUGGAAGUGAGAAUUAAAAAAUAGCUAGAGCCUCUUGAAGCAAUCUUGUGUUGCCAUGUUCAACGCUUUCAUUCGAUCUUUACAUUCUAAAAAUUUCCUGUUAGUUAUACACGAAUAACUUGAAUAGGCUAAUGUAACUCUAUGUUUCAAUAGUUAUUUGGACACUCCAGUGUUGAAGUGCACUCUACAUUUGAACCUAAACCGCUUCAAUGCUCGUAACUCUGUUUCAACGACCGCUGUUGAUAUCUUAACCCGUCGUGCACGUAUCUUACAGAUCUUCAAUGAAAUAUCCUUCAUUAUUUUAAACAAUUAAAGCUUUGGGGAGGGGCAGGAUUCCUAAGUGAGCCAACUGCGUUGCAUUGCACGUGAACCUUAUGCAUAUAGUGUUCAAGUUUCACGUGAUUGGCUUUAUAUUAGUCUUAUUAAAUUUUAAGCGAAGAAGUGCAAGUUUUUUUUUUCUAAAUUUCAAGUGUUUUGAUAAUUAACUUUCGUGUAUUCAUCAUACUCCAAACAAGUGUCGACUUUUAAACGACGUUUGAAAAUAAAUGUAAGGACUCCCUUAUUGGAGUUGUUUAGACCUACAUAUACGCAGCUCUCAGGCCGCACUCUAUAGGUCUUAGUUCAAUAGUAAUCUUUCUCUCUGCUCCUAACUUUCUUAUGUACAUUUUUCUGUACCGCAUGGAAAUUUCUCUGUAUUUGGAUUACGAGAUUACAAAGUUCCCUGAGGUCCCAGAUAUCAAGUACUAUAACAUGAACGUCGUUCAUGUUAGCCUCUGUGGCCAUUUUGUGGCAAUAAUAAAAUCCUGGCCAAAUUUGACAACAUUUGUGCUGUGUGAGCACAUGUGUUUGUGCA